AAAAUCAACCAUGGCAAGCCAGGUACUCAUCUGGGGACACUGACUCUUUGGUGACAUCUCCAAGCAGAGCAUUGUGUACAUUGGGCUGUGGCUAACAGCCAGCUGUGUCAGCUUGACAGUGUGGCAGAGCCAGCGGGUUGGUUUUUCGGCUGGAAGAGGAAGAGCAGACUGCAAAUGUGCCUGGGUAAAGAACCGUCAAAGAGAUUUGCCAUAGAUGUGGGUUGUACCAGUGUAGCUGUUGCAGCUGCAGCAAUAGCGGAUCCUGGAGCAUCUGGAGAAGAUAGGAGUUUUCUUCAUGGAAGCAAUACUGUCAAAAGCCUUUUGAUGCCAGAAAUUAGGACAAACACAUCUGUUGUCUGGAACUUCUCAGCUGACCCUUGGUAUACCUGGCACACUCCUUGCAAUGUAAAAAGUGUGUUGGGCAGGGCAGGGACUCACCUUGGCAGUUUGUUGCAGCAACACUUGCAGACCACGCAUCCUGCACGCUGGGUCCUCAUUGUAAAAGAAAAAUUUUUCAUAGCUUUGGAGAAAGCACAACACAAAAAUACACAUUUAACUGUUGAUAUGUGGACUCUGAAUGACUCUGAAUGGCAGCUCCCUCCCACUGGCUUUGCUAAAACUUCUGUAGUAGGAAGUGUCCUACAAGAACCAAAUUACCAAAUUGAUGUGUGGCUUUCCCUUAAUUGCCUCACCCCUGGCUUUCCAGCUUCUGACAGCACUCUGCCAUGUUUUACUUAUAUUUUAAAAUCAGUGAUUCAGGACUUUGAGCAUAGGAAUUUGCUUGCUCAUUCUGCUGAGGCCCAUCAAAUUCUUCAGGAACUCCAGCAUUCAAACCAUCUUCCACAGGAUCACUUGAAGCAGGAAAUAGCUGCUCAAUGGGUGAAAUAUCUUAGGCUUGAAACUGAUUUUCUGUAGAGUGGUGCGCUCAAAUCUGAAUGCUUUGUCUUGGCCACUUUACUAGAUCCCUGUUUUAAAGGUUGCUUUGAAGAAUUCCUUCUCCUGCAUCUUGAUGGGUCAAGCUAA